CGCCACUUCGUUUCCGACUCGCGCCACGUACGUGUCGUCGUUCGUGAAUCAAGGUGCGCCAUCCGAUUGCCUUCCGAUCUCUCGUCGUCGACUUCUUGCAGUUUUUCGUGUAUCUCCAGUAAAAAGAGUAACAACAUGGUGGACGCAGCGGUUCUGGACAAACUGGAAUCCGGCUAUGCAAAGUUGGCUGAGUCCGACAGCAAAUCGCUGCUGAAGAAACAUUUGACCAAAGAGAUCUUCGAUCAACUCAAGACUAGAAAAACCUCAUUUGGUUCUACUCUCUUGGACGUUAUUCAAUCUGGUUUGGAGAAUCAUGAUUCUGGUGUCGGUAUCUACGCGCCCGACGCCGAGGCGUAUACCGUCUUCGCCGAGAUCUUCGAUCCCAUCAUCGACGACUAUCAUGGCGGCUUCAAGAAGACUGACAAGCAUCCGCCCAAGGACUUCGGUGACGUCGACUACUUUGGCAAUCUCGAUCCCACCGGUGAAUAUAUUGUGUCGACUCGCGUGCGAUGCGGCCGCUCCUUAAAUGGAUAUCCGUUCAACCCGUGUCUGACGGAGGCGCAGUAUAAGGAGAUGGAAGGGAAGGUAUCCAGCACGCUGUCAGGCCUCACCGGAGAACUGAAGGGUACUUUCUACCCGCUUACCGGCAUGAGCAAGGAAGUGCAGCAGAAGCUGAUCGACGAUCACUUCCUCUUCAAGGAGGGCGAUCGUUUCCUUCAGGCAGCGAACGCAUGCCGUUUCUGGCCCACCGGACGUGGUAUCUUCCAUAAUGACGACAAGACUUUCCUGGUUUGGUGCAACGAAGAAGACCACCUUCGCAUCAUCUCUAUGCAGAUGGGUGGUGAUCUUGGACAGGUAUACCGACGCUUAGUAACAGCGGUGAACGAGAUCGAAAAGCGGCUGCCAUUCUCGCACAACGAUCGCUUCGGCUUCCUGACGUUCUGCCCGACGAAUCUGGGUACGACGGUGCGUGCCUCGGUGCACAUCAAAGUGCCGAAACUCGCGGCAAACAUGGCCAAGCUCGAAGAGAUCGCAGCCAAGUACAAUCUACAGGUGCGCGGUACUCGUGGCGAGCACACCGAGGCCGAAGGCGGCAUCUACGACAUCUCUAAUAAGCGCCGUCUCGGUUUGACUGAGUACCAGGCUGUGAAGGAGAUGAACGAUGGCAUCGCUGAGCUCAUCAAAAUCGAAGCCAGCCUCUAAACCCAACCCCCUCCCUUGAUACCCUUCGUAUUCGUUUACUCUCCAUCGUAGCCCCGUCGGACGCCACUGUAUUUACGUGACGUUACGCUGGAAACUGUGUCUACGGCGUGAGAAUUUUAUUCUGAGAAUAAAUCGCAAGAGCAUGAAAAAA